GAGCUGAGAUGAUUCACGGCGUCGUCGGACGACAAGCUGUCGUUGGCGACGCGGCGGUGCCUUUGGGGAGAGAAUCAAUUUCCAUUGAGAUAGGAGAAAGAGAUGGACAGAGAGAAUGAUUAGGGACUGGGGAGAUUCGAGUUGGGGAGAGAAUCAAUUCCCUAUUUAAAAUUAUAUGAACCCUCCUCAAGCUAGGUCUGGUAGUGGAAAAGGGAAAGGAAUUCCACGGUCACUUCGUGCAUUUGCUCGUGUUCUAUGUUGCACCUCUCCUCAAGACUUGUUGACCUGGCCAAGGAAGCUGCAGAACAUGAUGGUCGAUUGGCUCGACGUCCUUUAACAAACAGCAGCAGAGAGAUUAAAGCACAUCUGAUGUUGUUACCAAAAUUAACCCAAUUAGCUGAGGCUAUUGAUGCAUCUAUCAAGUCUUUGGGACCCGUAAGUUCUUCGGUUACAUGCAAAACACUUUAUAUUCGGAGGCAAAUGGCUCGGGAUCUGCUCAAUGGUGAAUUUUGUAUCCUCAAAUCUACUUCUGCGUGGCUAAAAAACUACUGCCACACUUUGAUUACAACAGACUGCCAAAGAUGACGAUAUUGGUUUUUGCAAAACCACCAAAAACUCGAGAGAGGUAAUAUCAUUGGAGUCUAUUAACGCCACCAGACACAGGUACAAGUUAUUUUCUUUGGUAUCUCUUUUCAGACAAAUGAAACUAUGUAUAUGAAUAAGCUUUUUUUUAGUCAUAAUUAGUAUGAACCAAUAUGAAUAAGCUAUUU